AGGAGGCCGAUGGCACGCUGGACUGCAUCAGCAUGGCCCUGACCUGCACCUUCAACCGCUGGGGCACGCUGCUCGCCGUGGGCUGCAACGACGGGCGCAUCGUCAUCUGGGACUUCCUGACCAGGGGCAUCGCCAAAAUCAUCAGCGCUCACAUCCACCCUGUCUGCUCGUUAUGCUGGAGUCGAGACGGUCACAAGCUGGUGAGUGCUUCGACCGAUAACAUCGUGUCGCAGUGGGAUGUGCUCUCCGGAGACUGCGACCAGAGGUUUCGGUUUCCUUCGCCUAUCUUGAAAGUUCAGUACCACCCUCGAGACCAAAACAGAGUUUUGGUUUGUCCCAUGAAGUCGGCGCCAGUGAUGCUGACGCUGUCGGACUCCAAACACGUUGUCCUGCCUGUGGAUGACGAUUCCGAUCUCAACGUUGUGGCCUCCUUUGACAGGCGAGGGGAAUACAUUUACACGGGCAACGCCAAGGGGAAGAUCUUGGUCUUAAAAACAGACACUCAGGAUCUCGUUGCUUCCUUCCGAGUGACAACUGGAACCAGCAACACCACAGCUAUCAAGUCCAUUGAGUUUGCUCGGAAAGGAAGCUGCUUCUUGAUAAACACAGCUGACCGGAUCAUCCGGGUGUACGACGGCCGUGAAAUCCUGACGUGUGGGCGAGAUGGGGAGCCCGAACCGAUGCAGAAGCUGCAGGAUUUAGUGAACAGGACGCCGUGGAAGAAGUGCUGUUUCUCCGGCGACGGCGAAUAUAUAGUGGCGGGUUCAGCACGCCAGCACGCCCUGUACAUCUGGGAGAAGAGUAUUGGGAACCUAGUGAAGAUCCUCCACGGGACCAGAGGAGAGCUGCUCUUGGAUGUAGCAUGGCAUCCUGUCCGACCGAUCAUAGCUUCUAUUUCGAGUGGGGUCGUGUCAAUAUGGGCUCAGAAUCAAGUGGAAAACUGGAGUGCCUUUGCACCUGACUUCAAAGAGCUGGAUGAAAAUGUAGAAUAUGAAGAGAGAGAGUCAGAGUUUGACAUUGAAGAUGAAGAUAAGAGUGAACCGGAACAGACAGGUGCUGAUGCUGCAGAGGAUGAAGAAGUGGAUGUAACUAGUGUGGAUCCCAUUGCUGCCUUCUGUAGCAGCGAUGAAGAACUGGAGGACUCCAAAGCUCUGCUCUACUUACCUAUUGCUCCUGAAGUCGAAGAUCCAGAAGAAAACCCCUAUGGACCUCCACCAGAUGCGGUUCAGAGUUCUUUAACUGAUGAGGGAAUAGGUUCCGAGAAGAAGAGGCAGUCCUCCUCUGAUGGUCCUCAGGCACCAAAGAAGAAGCCCAAAACCACCAACAUCGAGCUCCAAGGAGUACCUAACGAUGAAGUCCAUCCGCUGCUGGGUGUGAAGGGAGAUGGUAAAUCCAAGAAGAAGCAAGCAGGCAGGCCUAAAGGAUCAAAAGGUAAAGACAAAGAUUCUCCAUUUAAACCGAAACUCUACAAAGGGGACAGAGGUGCUUUACCUCUGGAAGGAGCAGCGAAGGGUAAAGUGCAGGCGGAGCUGGGACAGCCUUUGACAGGUGGUGCAAUCUCAGAAUUGUUAUGA